GGACGAUACGCAAAACACUAUAACGUCAGUGUUCCAGUGACAUUCCUUCACUUUGCUUUGCGUGUUUCUUUUGGAUUUUGUGCAAAAAAUAUCACUAAAAUUGUGUUUCCGAUCAUUUAAAAUGGCCUGCACAUCCUCCGGUGCAACUGGCGAAGCAAAACCCCCAAGCGGUGCGGUUCCACCACGGACGGGCAACGUUCGUCUGGAGGGAAUCGGAAGCCGUGUAAUCAGAGGCCCGGACUGGAAGUGGGCCAAGCAGGAUGGUGGUGAAGGUCACUGUGGAACAGUGAGAAACUUUGAGUCAUCCGAGGAAGUGGUUGUUGUGUGGGACAAUGGAACAGCAGCCAAUUAUCGUUGCGCUGGAGCUUACGAUCUGAGGGUGCUGGACAGUGCUCCGACAAAAAUUAAGCACGAGGGCACGAUGUGUGACACGUGCCGUCAGCAGCCAAUCUUUGGCAUUCGCUGGAAGUGUGCCGAAUGCGCCAACUACGACCUUUGCUCCAUUUGCUACCACGGAGACAAGCACCAUUUGCGUCAUCGUUUCUAUCGCAUUUCGACACCGGGUGGUGAUCGAACUCUGCUGGAACCGAGGCGUAAAUCCAAGAAAAUUGCUGUUAGAGGCAUUUUUCCGGGUGCUCGAGUUGUGCGCGGAGUAGAUUGGCAGUGGGAGGAUCAGGAUGGUGGUAAUGGGCGUAGGGGGAAGGUGAAUGAGAUUCAGGACUGGUCAGCUGCAUCACCAAGAUCAGCUGCCUAUGUUGUCUGGGACAAUGGGGCAAAGAAUCUCUAUCGGGUGGGUUUCGAGGGAAUGGCUGACCUCAAAGUAGUGAAUGAUGCCAAAGGGACAACAGUGUACAGAGAUCAUUUGCCACUGUUGGGUGAAAAUGGACCUGGAAAGGGUCCAAAUGGAUUUCAUAUUGGAGACCAAGUAUCUGUGGAUCUUGAACUGGAAAUUGUUCAGUCCCUUCAACAUGGACACGGUGGCUGGACUGAUGGGAUGUUUGAGUGUCUUAAUAAUCCAGGAACUGUUGUGGGCAUUGAUGAAGAUCAUGAUAUCGUUGUUGCGUAUCCGAGUGCCAAUCGUUGGACUUUCAAUCCAGCUGUUCUCACAAAAAUCGCUUCGCCAGCUUCGUCUUCGGGCGAAGGAUCAUCACAGCAAUUUGCAGUGGGUGACUUUGUGAAGAUCUGCAGUGAUUUGGAGCGCAUGAAGAGCCUUCAGCGCGGCCAUGGCGAAUGGGCUGAUGCGAUGAUUCCCACACUUGGCAAAGUUGGACGUGUUCAGCAAGUUUACCAUGAUAAUGACUUAAAGGUGGAAGUUGGAAGGACUUCAUGGACUUACAAUCCUUUGGCACUGACAAAAGUGGCAUCAGCAUCCGAUGGAACAGUUCCAGUGACUUCCAGUGGAGAGCGUUUGUCUGCAAUCUUGAAGAAACUCUUUGAGCCUCAUGUUUCUGGUGAUGCAACUGAGGAAUUGGUCAAGGCAGCGGCCAAUGGGGAUCACUUGAAGUGCGAAGAGUUCCUUACUGGAUGUGCUCAGGAUGGUGCAGGAGCUUCAAAUACAACCACUGCCAAUGUCAAUGGUGUAUUUGCUGGACACACAGCUCUACAAGCAGCCAGUCAAAAUGGCCACCUAGAGGUGAUUCAGGUGCUUCUGAAACACAGUGCUGAUGUGGAAAUUGAGGAUAAGGAUGGUGAUCGUGCUGUUCAUCAUGCUGCCUUUGGGGAUGAACCGGGUGUCGUAGAGUUGCUGGCAAAGGCUGGUGCUGAUCUCAAUGCACGCAACAAACGCCGACAAACGGCUCUUCAUAUUGCGAUCAAUAAGGGACACUUGAAUGUGGUGAAAACCCUGCUUGAGCUCAAUUGUCACACGAGUCUUCAGGAUUCUGAGGGUGAUACACCCCUACAUGAUGCAAUCUCAAAGGAGCAGGACGAAAUGCUGUCUCUGCUUUUGGACUUUGGUGCCGAUAUCACUCUAACGAACAACAAUGGCUUCAAUGCACUGCACCAUGCAGCACUUAAGGGCAAUCCGAGUGCAAUGAAAAUUCUUCUGUCAAAGACAAAUCGUCCAUGGAUUGUGGAGGAGAAGAAGGAUGAUGGAUACACGGCUUUGCACUUGGCAGCACUCAAUAAUCACGGAGAAAUUGCAGAUUUGCUGGUUCAUAUGGGAAAAGCAAAUAUGGACAAACAAAAUGUGAAUUUGCAGACGGCACUUCAUCUUGCAGUUGAGCGCCAGCACGUUCAAAUUGUAAAACUUUUGGUGCGCGAGGGUGCCAAUUUGAAUAUUCCGGAUAAAGAUGGUGAUACACCACUUCAUGAAGCACUCCGACACCAUACACUAUCUCAGUUGCGCCAACUGCAGGAUGUAGAAGGAUUUGGAAAACUUCUCAUGGGUUUGAGAAACCAUACGGACAAGAAAGCAUCUGCUUCUAUUGCGUGCUUUUUAGCUGCAAAUGGAGCGGAUUUGACAAUAAAGAAUCGCAAACUGCAGACACCACUCGAUCUCUGUCCAGAUCCGAAUCUCUGCAAGACUCUGGUCAAAUGUUACAAUGAACGUAAGACAGAUGAUAUGGAUUUGCCUGGGAAUAUGGCUGGAAAUAAUGUGAAUACGGCUCCUGCGGCAACUGUUCAACCAUCUGAGCCAGUGACCAGUGCUCCGUUGGAUGAGUGUGUGGUGUGUUCUGAACAGAAGAGAGAUACGGUGUUCAAACCUUGCGGUCACGUCUGCUGCUGCGACAACUGUUCAAUGCGCGUGAAAAAGUGUUUGAUCUGCCGUGAAACUGUCUCAUCGCGUGAAAAGAUUGAUGAAUGUCUGGUGUGUUCCGAUCGCCGGGCUUCGGUGUUCUUCAAACCGUGCGGUCAUAUGGUUGCAUGUGAAAAUUGUGGUCCGAUAAUGAAGAAAUGCGUCGAGUGUCGUACGCAGAUUGAGCAAAUGGUACCACUUGUUGUUUGCUGCGGUGGGCAGGGGACAAUCUCAAAAGUUUCAAUGAGUCUGGAUGAUAAAAAGGACCCAGUUGCACCGCAGGGUGUCAAUAAGGCUGGACAGGGUGUGUCGAUGAAUAACGCUGCGGGAGUCUCAGUGGCUGCAAUUACGGCCCAAAUGGCCAAUGCCAAUAUCAACAACAUCCAAUUGGAUGAUGUGCAGAAGCUUCAGCAGCAACUUCAAGAUAUCAAGGAACAAACCAUGUGUCCAGUAUGUUUUGACCGCAUCAAGAAUAUGGUUUUCCUCUGCGGCCAUGGGACAUGUCAAAUGUGUGGGGAUCAAAUUGAGGGAUGUCCGAUUUGUCGGAAAACUGUUGAGAAGAGGAUUCUCCUAUUUUAAGGUAUGCCACACACGCAUAUAUGGUAUUAAAUUGUAUGUUGCCGUUGAGUUCAUAUAACCCCAACCUCAUUGUUUAUUUAAAAGUUAUAUUCAGCUGAGAUUAGAUGGUAGUGUUAUAAAAUGUAAGAGUCUUUUUUCUGCGAAGAGGAAAUGAACCAUGUGGGUGAUGUAAGGAAAAGGGGGGAGUGAUGGAAAAAAAAGGCAAUAUAGAGCUGAUAGAAAGCCAAA